AGGAGAGGAAGAAGGAGGAGGAGGAGGGAAGCAAACUAGGGCAGAAAAGUCUUUGGUUUCUUGCUACCUUUAGAGGCGGAGAAGAGGCCCUACUAAGAGGAGGGCCAGAUUACCUCCUCUGCUGCAAAAGCUCAAAGCCUGAGAAGGAAGACUGCUGCUGCACCCAACUUGUGAUCAGUAGGAAGUUGACAAACUGCAAAGGAUGCCGAAGGGGCCUGAGAUGAUGAUGGCAAAGUUUAGAAAGCAAGUCAGAUGAAACAAAGCUGCAGGAACUGGGUUUGUGAUUCAAGCACAAAAUGGCAAGGACUAGCCACAGCAACUAUGUUCUUCAGCAGCUUAACAACCAAAGAGAGUGGGGAUUCCUCUGUGACUGCUGCAUUGCAAUCGAUGAUAUCUACUUCCAAGCUCACAAAGCAGUCUUGGCUGCCUGCAGUUCUUACUUUAGGAUGUUUUUCAUGAGCCAACAGCACAGCACAGCACAACUAAAUCUUAGCAACAUGAAGAUUACGGCUGAGUGCUUUGAUCUCAUUUUACAGUUUAUGUACUUAGGGAAAAUCAUGACGGCUCCAGCCAACUUUGAGCAGUUUAAAGUGGCCAUGAACUCCCUGCAGCUCUAUAAUGUGCCAGAAUGUCUAGAAGACAUACAAGAUACAAACUCCUCUGGUUUGCAGUGCUCCUCUUCUUCUUCCAGCACCCAAAAUAGCAAAAUGGUUUUUGGCGUCCGGAUGUAUGAAGACACACUGGCUAGAAAUGGGAGUGAAGCAAACAGGUGGGGUGUCGAGCCGUCAAGUUCAACUGUGAGCACCUCUCAGAGCAGAGAGGUGGAUGAGGAAGGCUUGCAGCUCAGCAAUUUAUCUGAACAGCCUUUUGAGAGCUGUAAAAGGAAUUCUGUGCCUAAGCUCUCAAGUGCCAAAGACCGAGUAUCCAAUUCACGGCGCUUUGGGCGAAGUUUUACAUGUGAUGGCUGUGGCUUCAGCUUCAGCUGUGAGCGACUGUUAGAUGAGCAUAUCAUGUCAUGCACUAACAGGCAUUCUUAUCAGAACGUCAGGUAUUAUGGGGCUGAAAAAAAAGACAGCAGUGAGAGAGACUCUGCUCCUGAAAUGCCAUCUUCCCAGCUGGAAAAAUGCAAAGCAGAUGAAGGCCAAGCUAUGGACAGGUCUUCAUCCCCAGCAUCAAAUGUAACAAGCGGGAAAGGCAGCAGUGUUGCAUUGGAACCUUUAGACGAAGAGAGAAGUAGAGCCACUGAGAGGAAAAGGAUUAUUGUCAAGAUGGAGCCAGAUGAGAGCCCAGUGGAUGGCUUGAAGGAAUUCAACAUUAUCAAGGUGACAGAUGGCAAUGAUUCCUCUGACAAUGAUGAUCUAGAUGAUGAUGAGCCAGUUUAUAGGUAUUACAUUGAGGAAGAGGUGAAUGAAAGCAGAAGUGUUAGGAAAGCUCUCUUAAAACCCCACGUGCCUGUUGAUGGAGGGACUAGAAAAUAUUUCAGAAAUGCCAGGAUCCUUAACAACAAAGUAAAUGCAGUCAAGGAAGUGACAGAACACGCAUCCUGUGAACUGUGCGGGUUGACAAUCACGGAGGAAGACCUGUCUUCUCAUUACUUAUCCAAACACAUAGAAAAUAUAUGUGCCUGUGGAAAAUGUGGCCAGAUAUUAGUUAAAGGGCGGCAGCUGCAGGAUCAUGCCGAGACUUGUGGAGAGCCUCAAGACCUGACCACGAAUGGCUUAAGAAAUGCAGAAGAGAAAAAUGACCCAGAGGAGAGCCCCGAGGAACAAGCAGAAAACCAAGAGAUGAUGUAUGUUGAGAUGCUAGAUGAGUUUGGUGAUAGCCAUUUCCAGAUGAACAGUCUUCCAAAAAAACAGCUCUACAGAGAUUCAGCAUGCCCUUUCCGAUGUCCUAACUGCGGCCUUCGUUUUGAAACAGAAAAUUCGGUGGUUGAACACAUGUCCAGUUGCCUAGAGCAAGAUCUGUUCAAGAAUGCCAUCUUGGAAGAGAAUGAAAGGGAUCAUCGACGCAAGCAUUUCUGCAAUCUCUGUGGGAAAGGCUUCUAUCAGCGUUGUCACUUGCGGGAACACUACACUGUGCACACCAAGGAGAAACAGUUUGUUUGUCAGACUUGCGGCAAGCAGUUCCUAAGAGAACGCCAACUGCGCCUUCACAAUGACAUGCACAAAGGCAUGGCCAGGUAUGUCUGCUCUAUUUGCGACCAAGGAAACUUCCGAAAACACGAUCAUGUCCGACACAUGAUAUCCCAUUUAUCUGCUGGAGAGACAAUAUGCCAGGUCUGCUUUCAGAUUUUCCCAAAUAACGAACAACUUGAGCAGCACAUGGAUGUUCAUCUGUAUACAUGUGGUGUUUGUGGUGCCAAAUUUAAUCUUAGGAAAGAUAUGAGAUCUCACUAUAAUGCUAAACAUUUGAAAAGAACAUGAGCACAUAAUGCUUCUGGACAAGAACUAAAUAAAAAAGGAACACCAAAGCAAAGCAAACAAUAGUGCAUAAAGGAAAAUAAAUGGCCUGUUUUAACAUGACUGGGUUUUUAAAAGAGCCUUUAAAUCAUAUGCAUUCAUUUAAGGUCUUAAAGUACAUAUAUGCUGCUUAAAACCAUCAAAUGUUUAAUUAUUGCAUUUUUACUCUUGCUUCACUUCAGUUUCUGUUUCUAAUUUUUUUUCUUGAAGGUCUCUUAAAUCAUUGUUUUGCAACUGUAGAUUUUAAAAGUACACUGUAGUAUUAUUCCAAUCACUGGCUUUGAUUAAACAGUUCUCAUCUGUAUAGGAUGUCUACUUUUGUAUUUCCAUGUCAGUGUUUUUACUUCAUGUGAAAAUAUAGAUUGUAUGCAGUUUAACUUGCGAUGAGUGAGGCUAUUUCCAAAAAAGAAUAAUUGUCCACCUGCCAGCAUAAUGUUAAGCACUCUCAAUACUAUUUAAGUCAAUGGAUUAUAUUGGAGCAUACCCAUUAGGUUUGUGAUUCCUUUUGUAGGUAUAGGUUGUCAUUGACAUCUUGCUGCUGUUUGCAUCUCAUGUGCCAACAGCACAUGGAGUGAGUUUUGUUAUUGUUACUUCUGCAGUGCUAUAUUGUGCUGGAAUGAGGAUGAGGAAGAAGACUGCUUAUCUAGGAGAAUCCCCUCUGCAGAACCAUUUUACACAUGCCAUUCUCAUGUCAUUUUAUGUAUUACUAACACAAUCUUACGACAAUCUAUUACAGUAGAAAAUUUCAUAUAUUACUCAGUGGGCACAACAUAAAACCUCUGGGACAUAAUCUAAAGAAAGCCGGGGAACUCAUUUUCAAAUCAAAAGAACACAUGACACAUAUCUCAUUUAUAUGGGCAACCUGGUGUUAAGUAUAUUUACUUGAAGUAAAUCUUACUAAGUUAAAUAAGGCAUUCAAGUCAAUAUGUUUUUCAAUGCAACUUAAUAUGAACACCCAAGUGUAUACACUUGGUAAUACAAUUGUAUUACAAAGUUGAUAUGUAUCACCACUAAAAUUUAAAU